AUGGGACUCUGGAAGACCGCCACUGGCCCACAGGACGACACAGACAGCGUCCACACCGCCGAUCAGAAGAGCAUCCUCGAACGGACUCCCUCCCAGAACGACCCCGUUGCCUCCGCCAACCAGGCUGCCGGCACAGCAUGGCUGGCGGGCCAUCUGCACCAUCUAACCCCCGAGCAAGAGGCGAAGCUGGCCGAAUUCAAAACCGUGUGUGAACAGAAGGGUUACUACAAGCCAGAAAAGGACGGGCAACCGGCCAGCCAUGACGAUGCGACAUUGCUGCGCUUCCUGCGUGCGCGCAAGUUCGACGUCAAUGGCGCAUUCAAUCAGUUCAAGGAUACGGAGGAAUGGCGGAAGAACAACAAUAUCGAGUCGCUCUACGAGAAUAUCGAUGUGGAGUCUUACGAGGAGUCGAGACGGAUGUACCCUCAAUGGACCGGUCGACGCGAUCGUCGUGGCAUCCCAGUCUACGUCUUCGUGGUCAAACACUUGAACAGCAAGAACAUGGCUGAAUAUACGUCAAAAGUCUCUUCUUCCGCUCCUGCAGAUACGCAUAAAUCGUCCAAGGUGCCUCCGCGGCUACUGCGCCUCUUUGCACUCUAUGAGAACAUGCUGCGGUUCGUCCUGCCCCUCUGUUCGAAGCUACCGCGACCGAACCCGGAAACGCCCAUUGUCACGUCGACCAACAUCGUCGACAUCAGCGGAGUGGGACUGAGGCAGUUUUGGAAUCUCCGGAGUCACAUGCAGGAUGCUAGUGUGCUCGCGACGGCACAUUACCCUGAGACAUUGGACCGCAUUUUCAUCAUUGGAGCGCCAUCCUUCUUUCCUACGGUCUGGGGCUGGAUCAAGCGCUGGUUUGACCCAGUUACGGUGUCCAAGAUCUUCAUUCUUUCCGACAAAGAAGUGAAGCCUACGUUAGAGUCCUUUAUGGAUCCAUCCAGUUUUCCCAAGCAGUACGGCGGCGAACUGGAUUGGGAGUGGGGGGAUCCGCCGCUUCUCGAUGAGCCUGCCCGUGAACUUGCCGGAGGAUUGGAGCUUCCAGCUGGAGAGGGCGAGAAAAGGCCUGGUUUCAUCAAAGGGCCGGUCCUCUUCCACGGCGACAAGAUUGAGGUGCUGGGCACGGAGAAUGGCAAGCCUCGACGAGCCACCAUUCCUGUCCCCCAGCCGGAAGAAACCAAGGCGAACGGUGAAGCAGUCACCAAGCCUUCAGAUGAGAACGAAAAGACGGCGUUGGAGACGGCCAACGGCGCUGCUCCAGUGUCGAAUGAGACGCCAGUUGCAUGA